AUGACAAGUAGUAAUUUCCCACCAAAUACAAAGAUAAAAGAUUUUGGAUAUCCUGAAACUCAUCCAUUUCAUAUUGGUAAUUAUCCAUUAAAAUCUAAAUCUAAAUCUAAAUAUAAUGAUUCAUUAUCUUCAUCUCCUACAUCAUCAUCAUCAUCAUCCUCCUCCUCAUCAACUUCUCCAACAACUACAUUCAUAUCAAAUAAACAUGGAUAUGGAAAUCAUCUACCCAAUAAUAAUUAUAUACUACCCAAUGAUUAUAAUCAUCAUAACAACUUUAACCACCUUAACCACCUGAACCAUGAUGACAAUGACAAUAACAAUGACAAUAACAAUGAUAAUGAUGACUUUAUAGAUAAUGAUUAUGAUCAAGAUGAAAUAAAUUGUAAAGCAAGAGCAAUAUUUGAUUUUUCUGCAGAAAAUGAUAAUGAAAUAUCUUUAAUUGAAGGACAAAUCAUUUGGAUUAGUUAUCGUCAUGGUCAAGGUUGGUUAGUUGCUGAAGAUCCUAUACUGGGAGAAAAUGGUUUAGUUCCUGAAGAAUAUGUUGAAAUUAUACAAAAUUUAGAUAAAAAUAUUAAUGAAGAAUAUGAUUAUUCAUAUGGAAAUAGAAAUGAAAAUGGAAUUGAAAAUAGAAUUGAAAAUGGAAUUGAAGAUAUUCCAAAACCUUUUUUACCAGAAAUAUUUAAUCAUCAUAUAGAUGGUAUGGAAGAAGAAGAAGAAGAUAGUGAAUGGGUAGAUACUGAUUAUGAUGAACAAGAGGAAGAAGAAGAAGAAAAGGAAGAGGAAAAAGAAAAGGAAGAAAUACAUAACCAACCACAACAUGAAGGAAGAAAUGAAGAACUAGAAACAAAGACAAAGACAAAGACAGAGACAGAAACAGAUACAGAUAUUAAAGAUACAAUUAAAUAUGAACCAUCAGUUACUAAAAAAGACAAUGAAACCACCAACACCACCACCACAAUUGAAAAGAAAUUAAAUGAUGUUGAAAUAUGA